CCGGGAGUUGCGUAGCAGUUAGCCAGCCGCUAAUAUUUACCAACAGUCUGGAGGUGUGAUUCUGAUUCGGUCUUUCGCUCUGUCUUUUGGAACUUUAAUACUUAAAAACAAGUCAUGUACCACAUUGUCAGCUUUGUUGACACUGAAGAAGUGGAGGUUGUGCCUGUAAUCUGGGUGAAGAAUGGUGUGUGUUUAUGGCCUCCGUACGAGGGGGAAAGAAUUCAGAGAGCGGCCAAGUGUUUGGAGCAACCCCAGGAGUCUUGGUCUGCCUAUAAAGUUACAAUUAUGUAUACUGCAAAUAAUUAUAACGAAGCAUGCCGGAAGCUGCCUCUUGCAGAACAGCAGACCGAUCUCCAGUCCGAGGCUGAGCCCGACUCCCGAAGGCCUCCAAACCGAAAAAUAAAACAAAACAGGCGCCUACUGGAUGAUUAUAACAGUGAUGAGGAGGCUACCAAACCCCUGAAUAACAAUUUGCCACAAGCCCCUCAAAUACAGCCACUAUCCAAAAGGAUUUGUUCAUCUUCUGAUGAGCUACAACCAAGUCCUCUAGGACAAAGACAAAUGCAGCCUUCUGUUUGGCACCAAAAGUCCCCGGGUGUGACACAGGUUGCAGAAACUUCAAGACCAUCCUUGUUGGAGAGAAGUCCAGAUAACUCUGAGUGGCAUGAAAAAACUCAGCAGAUUUCCCAGCAGCCUUGGCAAGCGAGAAGUUCAGCCAGAGCUUCUCAAGACACCACAGAACAUAAGAGUGAACUGACAUGGCCACAGGACACAACUGUACAGUCUCCCGAACAGACGGCACAGUUACUGUGGCAUCAUGAAACACUCAGACCCCAGAGAAAAGAGCUCUCGAGCUGUGACCCAUUCAUAACAUCACUUCUCCAUGACAUAAUAACUAAACAAGAAAUUCUUAUGGAGCAGCAGAGGAGCAUUAUAAGGAUGGUGCAAGAUCUCAAAGCCAACAGUGUCCGUGAGAUCACAGAGCUUAACCAUUUAAGUCCAAAACGGUUUCCGAUGGAAGAUCUAAAGUCAGUAACUUCCCUGGAAAGUGAUCUUCGUUCCUGUCCGGAAACGAGAUGUAAAGUGGAAACAGACCGAGGGAGUGGAGAAUAUGAAAUGACACUCAAGGAUGAAGAAUCCUGUCCCGUACAAAAAGGAGAUCAACGGGCACCAAAGAUGGGCAAACCCUGUGGUCCUAAAUGUGGAAAGAAAUACACUGCUGAGUCUGCAGCCAUCAUGUCUGUAUUUGUGCAUGGUCCUCUGUGUGAUAAAUAA